GCCCCCCCGGCCAGAGCCAGAUCUCCAUCCUUCCUUCCUCCUCCGACUCCCUCUUCUAUUUCUAUUAAGAAGGAAGCAAGCAGGGACAGGGCGCCACUCAGAUCUCUCCGCCCCUUCCUCUCCUCGUGCCCCCAACCCGCCUCUCGUCAACGUCGCCCCGCCCGAGGAGAGGACGAGCGAUGGCAUCGCCGGCCGCGCGCGCGGCCUCGGCGCUCCUCCUCCUGCUCGCCCUCGCCGUCGCCGGCGUCCUCUCCGACGGCUCCGACCACCGCUACAAGCUCGGCGACCCCGUCCCGCUCUACGCCAACAAGGUCGGCCCCUUCCACAACCCCAGCGAGACGUACCGCUACUUCGACCUCCCUUUCUGCUCCCCGGAGAAAGUGAAGGAGAAGAGCGAGGCCCUCGGCGAGGUCCUCAAUGGGGAUCGGUUGGUUGAUGCGCCCUACAAGCUUGAUUUCCGCACCGAUCACGAUUCCAAGGCCGUUUGCCCCAAGAAGCUUACCAAGGAGGACGUGGCCAAGUUCCGGAACGCGGUAGCCAAGGACUACUACUUCCAGAUGUACUACGAUGAUCUCCCGCUGUGGGGUUUCAUCGGUAAGGUCGAGAAGGGAGGCAAGCCUGACCCGAGCGAGUGGAAGUACUACCUCUACAGGCACAUUAUCUUUGACAUCCUCUACAACAACGACCGUGUCAUUGAGAUCAAUGUGCAUACCGACCAGAGUGCACUGGUUGACCUGACGGAGGACAAGGAGGUUAAUGUGGAUUUCCUUUACACUGUCAAGUGGAAGGAGACACCUACACCAUUCGAGAAGAGGAUGGAGAAGUAUUCCAGCUCCUCCAACAUGCCGCAUCACUUGGAGGUUCAUUGGUUCUCCAUUAUAAAUUCUUGUGUUACGGUCCUUCUCCUCACAGGGUUCUUGGCAACAAUCCUCAUGCGAGUUCUGAAGAAUGAUUUUGUUAAGUAUGCCCAUGAUGAGGAAGCAGCUGAUGACCAAGAAGAGUCUGGAUGGAAGUAUAUUCACGGUGAUGUCUUUCGGUUCCCCAAGAACAAGUCAUUGUUUUCGGCUGCUCUUGGCACUGGAACUCAACUGUUUGCUCUAACAACCUUUAUAUUCCUGCUUGCACUCGUUGGAGUAUUCUACCCUUACAAUCGUGGUGCCCUUUUCACCGCAUUGGUCGUCAUCUAUGCACUCACCUCAGGAAUUGCUGGUUACAUUGCAACCUCUUUCUAUUGCCAGCUAGAGGGAACGAACUGGGUGAGGAACUUGCUACUGACAGGAUGCCUGUUUUGUGGACCUCUCUUCCUGACAUUCUGUUUCUUGAACACUGUUGCCAUUGCUUAUAGUGCAACAGCAGCAUUGCCGUUCGGCACCAUCUGUGUCAUUGUGCUGAUCUGGACCUUAGUCACAUUCCCUCUACUAGUUUUGGGAGGCAUUGCUGGUAAAAACAGCAAGAGUGAAUUCCAGGCUCCUUGCCGUACCACCAAAUACCCUAGGGAGAUUCCUCCACUUCCCUGGUACCGGACAACAGUUCCGCAGAUGGCUAUGGCUGGAUUUUUGCCUUUCAGCGCUAUAUAUAUCGAGCUCUACUACAUCUUUGCUAGUGUUUGGGGCCACCGAAUUUACACGAUCUACAGCAUUCUCUUCAUAGUCUUCAUCAUCCUGCUUAUUGUCACUGCCUUCAUCACUGUUGCGCUGACAUACUUCCAGCUUGCUGCUGAAGACCAUGAGUGGUGGUGGAGGUCAUUCCUAUGCGGAGGAUCAACUGGAUUUUUCGUCUAUGGCUACUGUCUGUACUACUACUAUGCCCGAUCGGAUAUGUCUGGGUUCAUGCAGACCUCUUUCUUCUUUGGGUACAUGGCGUGCAUCUGCUAUGCAUUCUUCCUGAUGCUGGGUAUGGUGGGCUUCCGUGCCGCCCUGUUCUUUGUUCGGCACAUAUACAAGUCGAUCAAGUGUGAGUAAAGUGUGGUUGGAGGAAGAAGAGCAGCAAGCAGAGUUGUACUCCUUUUUGGUGCCGCUAAGAAGUCCCAGUAUAGAAAAGGUUAGCUCUCGCGUGCAACAGGAAGCAACUAGAGAUUGGCAUGUUUGAGAUUAGGCCAUUAUUCGUAGGAAGAGGUAAUGAACCUAUAAAAUUUCUUGUCAUUGUGCGACCGGUAUGAUGAACCGUCUUUCCUUUGAUCCCCCCCAUGUAUUAUGUGACGUCCAGACAGUAUUACUUUGUUGAACCAUAACAGCCCAUAUAAAUUUCUGUGCAAGUUCCUAUGGCAGAAAGAAAGGGCAUGCCCAGUUGAUCUGUACCUUUGUCCUUGUAUCCUAUGCGUUCUGGUUAUAUAUUGUCAGAUUUUGAAA